UACCCCCGAAUUUUGCAGGCAGCAGGAGUAGUCUCCCGUAGGCAGACCAAACAGAACGUAUCGGUGAGUUCAUGAAUAUUAAUCAUAUGUAGUUUACUUUGGUGUGCUGAGGAUUUGUGAUUUUCCAACACGUGACCAACGCGUCGAGUUGGCAAGCACGCACAAAUAACUUGUCAUAAAUAUGGCGGUACUUCCUAAAUUCGUCUCCGUCGAAUAUCUUACCAGCGAACUUUACAUCUGACGAUAUUCAGCCAUCAUGAUUUCCAUCACUUACGUCGGCAAACGCGUGGCUAUCACUGGGUUCUUGUCGGUUUAUUUCUUUCGAGAAACCGUCGUACGACCUACUGUUCAGCUGAGGUCCGACCCGAAGGUUUCCGCCAGCCUGGUCGUGUCGGAAUUUUGCAUUUCAACGAUCACUCUCGUUCUGGCCGCCAACUACGCCGCACGAAAGUUCUUAAGCAUGAACAGCGGUACCUUCACCGGCGACAACGCUACCGGCGGUAUCCCCACUGCUCCCAGUCCUCGCCCGCCCGCACAUGUAGCCCUAGUACCCAAUGGCUGCGAAUCCUCGAAAGUAUUAAAAACCGAUAAUCCAUGCACGAUCGAGUCACCAAUUUCAUCCUCGCCUUCCUUUCAGCAGUCUUCAUCAUUUCAGUCAUCGUCAUCUGUAUCAACGACUCGUCUCCUCAUUCUCGAUUUGCCACUCAAUUCCAAAUGUAACCGCCUAUCAAUAACUUCCAAUACUACCCUCGUCGCCCACGACGACGACAUUUUCUCAGACGAAGCCUCGUGGAUCAAAGACAUGAAGUUGUCUGAUGACAAGAGGACUUUCCAUGAGGAAUAUGCUACCGCACACCCUACGCACGCUCAAGACGAGCACAACGUCGACACACUACCCCCAUUUGUACCACUCCAUACAUUCUCGCCACUUGUAUCAACGCCUCUCGAUUUCCCCACCUUCGCCUCCAAUGCUACUCUCGUGGUACACGACUACGAUUUCCUCUCUGACGAAGCCGAGUACACCAAGGCCAUUGAGUUGCCUGGUGAUGCGGCCGAAGGGACUUUCCACGAGGUACAAGCACACCCUACGCUCGACAAGCACGAACACAAAAUCGACACCCUACCCCCAUUUUUCUCAUUCCCCACAUCCUCGUUACCUGUAUUUCAACCCACGUCUCUCGAUUUGCCGAUCAUCACCUCGACCUGUAACCACGAACCAGCAUGCACUACGCCCGACAAACACGAACACCACGGUGACUUCGACAUCCUAUCCGCGACAACGACAACUAUCGAUAUUAACUAUGGACCCUCACCUACGAAUACUAACCCUGAUACUGACCUGCCCCUUCUUGGACCCACGAAUCCUACUAACGCAUUGGCUCAGAAGCCGAAGGUUACCCACCUCCGAAGUGACCAGAAGUUCCUCCCAGACAAAAUCAGGUCCGCCAGACAACAAAAGCGCAAGCCUCGAGCUUCCCGACUGACUACUGCCCGCGACAGCAUUGUGCGUUCUCGCCACAGGCGCCACGCCAACAAGCUCGUACAUCACCUCGUGCACAUUUGCGAACGGAUUCGCGUCGACCACGCAGCCCUCAUCGACACCUGGGUUGCUGGCAUGGCAGAGGUGGGGCUCAGCUCGCUGCUGACCGGACACCGUGCGACGUUGCCAGCAUCACCGCCCUCUCCUAUAGUGGACGAGGUUUCCGCUCCAGAGCCCGGUUCACGCAUGAAGGUCCGCCUUGCAUCACUUCGCCAGCGAACGCAUGCGGUCGCAGCAGCAGUUCCGGCUACCACCGCCACCACCAUCACAUCUUCAUUGUCCUGGCAACGCACCAGUUCUACUGCACUCCGACAUCAGAAGUCCCGCCCAUACAAGCUCAGGGUUUUCUCACAGCAAAAGCGCAAACCUCGAGCUUGUUACCUGAAUGCUGCCCGCGAUAGCAUUGCACGUUCUCGCCUCCGGCGACACGCCAAAAGGAUCGGUAAGUCAAUUUCUCGUAACGUUCAUGUUGCUUGUUGACUUCAGUACAACUAGUCUGUCACCUCACCCACGUGUGCGAACGAAUUCGCGUCGACCAAGCAGCCCUCCUCGACAACUGGGUUACUGGCAUGGCGGCGGCGGGGCUUACCUCGGUGUUGACCGGACACUACCCCACGUCGCCAGGAUCACCGCCUCCUCCUAGGGUUGACAUGAUUUCAACUCCAGAGCCUGGUUCACGAAUCAAGGCCCGCCUCGCACGGUUGCACCACUUCUCCAGCGAACGCAUACGGUCGCAGCAGCAAUUCCAGCCGCCGCCACCACCAUCACCACCACCAAUUCAUUACUCUGGCAACGCAUGUCUUGACAUCUUUACGAAUCACUAUUUUACGCCUGCCGCCUUCACCACAGGCCAC